AUGUCAGAAGCCGAAGUAGAUCUCGAUAGUGUGAUUGAUAGGCUGCUAGAAGUACGUGGAAAUAGACCAGGAAAGCCAGUACAAUUGCAAGAGUAUGAAAUAAAAUACUUAUGCACGAAAGCUAGAGAAAUUUUUAUAUCUCAGCCAAUUUUGUUAGAAUUGGAAGCUCCUAUAAAGAUCUGUGGUGACAUACACGGUCAAUAUUACGAUUUAUUACGCUUAUUCGAGUACGGUGGAUUCCCUCCAGAGGCUAACUACCUCUUCCUUGGUGACUACGUUGAUAGAGGAAAGCAAAGUUUAGAAACGAUCUGUUUAUUGUUGGCUUACAAGAUCAAAUACCCGGAGAACUUUUUCGUUCUUAGAGGUAACCAUGAGUGCGCAUCAAUCAAUCGUAUUUACGGUUUCUAUGAUGAGUGCAAGCGUAGAUACAAUAUAAAGUUAUGGAAAACCUUCACAGACUGCUUCAAUUGUCUCCCAAUAGCUGCAAUUAUCGAUGAGAAGAUAUUCACAAUGCACGGUGGUUUAAGUCCAGAUUUACAGUCAAUGGAUCAAAUUCGACGCGUUAUGCGUCCGACGGAUGUACCAGAUACAGGUUUACUAUGUGAUUUGCUUUGGUCAGAUCCAGAUAAAGAUAUCUCAGGCUGGUCAGAGAAUGAUAGAGGUGUUUCCUUCACUUUUGGUCCAGACGUCGUCACUCGGUUCUUACAAAAGCAUGAUAUGGAUUUAAUUUGCAGAGCCCAUCAAGUCGUUGAAGAUGGUUAUGAGUUCUUCGCUAAAAGGCAACUUGUUACACUCUUCUCCGCACCAAAUUACUGCGGUGAAUUCGAUAACGCGGGUGCUAUGAUGUCGGUUGAUGAAACUCUCCUUUGCUCUUUCCAAAUACUCAAACCUGCCGAGAAGAAGCAGAAAUUUCCAGCAUCUUACGGUAUAGGUAGACCGGUAACUCCACCAAGAAAAGGCAAGAAUAAGAAAGAGAGUAAAACGUAA